AUGGCAUCAAAGGAUGAUGUUGAAAGAAUGUUUGAAGCAACCACAUAUAUCGGAAAAAGAUCAAGGAAAAAAAGUAACAUGGCGAGACAAGACCCACCAUGGAUUUCACCAUCGACAGCUGAGGUUGAUGACAAUGUGAAAUCUUACCAGAGGUUGGAGAAAGCUGGACUAAAAGGCAACAUUGGAAUCUACCACACUAGACAUAACUCUAGAUGCUGA